CCAAGCAUGACAUUGACUUAAAAUAAUCACGCGAUUACAUUUAGUUUUACUUUUAAAACGAAGGCGAUGGUCUGGUUAGAGAAAAGGCUUUUGCAAUACGGCGCUGCCUUCACUGGUGUUCUCCUGUGGAUUGCACUUGGGAUGGCCAUCGCCCUACUUACCUGUCUUGCUAAGUGAGGAUUCACCAAUCCCAAUGACCGCAGAUGAGUCAUCUUGGGUGGGAACCGUUUAUCUUUUGGGUGGGCUGUGCGGCAGCGUUCUGCUGAGCGUUGUGGGACGUCGAAUCGGAAGAAAGUCAAUUGUGCUAUGGUCAAGUGUACCAUUCUGUAUAUCAUGGAUAACAGUCGCCUUCGCAACAACACUACAUGAGCUACUAAUUGCCCGUUACAUAGCAGGAAUGAGUGAAGGGCUAGCUUUAGCAUCCCUUAUAAUUUACGUCAGUGAAAUUUCCGACAAGGAAAUACGCGGAAUGUUAGGCUCUAGUGUUUCCGUCACCCUCUUCCUGGGUGUUAUGGCAAUCAAUCUGGUGGGAUCUUACAUGACUAUCAAAACUUCAUCUUUAAUUCUACUGGUAAUGCCCGCACUCCAUUUCCUCACCUUCGUUUGGAUGCCCGAAUCACCAAACUACCUACUGAUGAAAGGUAAAUACCAAGAAGCAAGGCAGAGUUUUAUUGCAUUAAAGGGUUCAGAAGACGUCGACCACAGCUUGGCAGUGAUCGGGACAGCUAUCGAGAACGAAAAUUUAAAUAAAACGCGAUUUAUCUCCCUUUUUAAGAAAAAUAACAGAAAAAGUUUGUGGGCGAUUUUUGGAAUACGAUUCGCCCAACAAAUGAGUGGUAUCACCGCCUUUAGCAUCUACGCUCAAACUAUUUUCAAAGAGGGAGGUGAAGCAAUUUCCCCUAUUUUGGGGGCGGUGAUAUUUCACACGAUACAACUUAUACUUUCCGUACUAAGCGCUGUACUAGUGGACAAACUUGGCAGGAGACCACUACUCAUAUCAUCUGCAAUUGGUUCAAUUGGAGCGUUGCUUGCUGGAGGAUUGUUCUUCUUCAUCCGAGACGUUGCCAACGUGGACACUUCCAGGAUUUCGACGCUUUCAACGAUUAUAUUGUUUAUAUUCAGUUUUACCUUCUGUUUAGGCUUACAAACUAUGCCUAACUUUAUAACAGCCGAACUAUUCCCCACUGCCUUAAGGGCGUACGCCUCCACCGCUGCCUGCGUACUUUUAUAUAGUUUCGCGGCAAUUUGCACAAAAUACUUUCAGUUCACUAAGGAUAACUACGGUAUGUUUGUCCCAUUUUGGAGUUUUGCCAUUUGUGUCGCGAUCGGAUUAGUGAUGAUAGUGACAUACCUACCCGAAACUAGGAACAAAACAUUGGAAGACAUUCAAAUCGAACUGAAUCAAUCAAAAACGACACGUAAAAGAAGUUCACGAAAUCCGUGAGGUUGGUUGUUCUAUUACUACUGCCUCCGGAGUUGUUAGUAAGUGCAAACGGCAGCUCAUUAUUCUCACUCACUCUCUCACUAACAGCUUAAAAGGUAAUAAAACAGUUUUGGUAGCUUG